CAGAUGCGAUUUUAAUUGCAAUGCAGACAUAUUGAAUUUUAAUUCCAUGUUUUAAGUUGUCUCAUGUAAUAGCAUUUUAUGUCCUUGUUUUGCAGCAUUCAGGAUGUUUCUAGACAAAUGUGAAGGAGACCUUUGUGACCUAAGAAGUGACAAUACACCAACCUCAUGCCCCCAAGAAGAGGAAGAUGAACUUCCAAAGAAAAAGCAUCGCAGAAACCGAACAACCUUUACCACUUACCAACUCCAUGAGUUAGAACGUGCAUUUGAGCGUUCCCACUACCCAGAUGUAUACAGCCGGGAGGAGCUGGCCAUGAAAGUCAGCCUUCCAGAGGUUCGUGUACAGGUUUGGUUCCAAAACAGAAGGGCCAAAUGGAGGCGGCAAGAGAAGUUAGAGUCUUCCUCAGCAAAACUUCAUGACUCCCCACUUCUCUCAUUUUCACGGACACCUAUAACCACAAGCGUUGGCCCAUUAAGCUCUUCUUUGCCCUUGGAUCCGUGGCUCACUUCCCCCAUAUCUGCAGCAACAACUGUGCACAGCAUGCCAGGAUUUAUAGCUCCUUCCCAAAAUCUUCAAUCUCCAUAUGCUGGUCACACUUUCCUCAACAGUGCACCUCCAAUGACCUCAAUACAGCCUCUCAGCAGUGGCCCUUACCAGUGCAUGGGCGGCUUUGUGGACAAGUUUCCCCUAGAAGACUUAGACCAAAGGAGCUCCAGCAUUGCUGCUCUUCGCAUGAAGGCAAAGGAACAUAUUCAGAUCAUAGAUAAGACUUGGCAGCCAAUCUGAUCUAUGACCACACAUCUUCCAACUGAAAUAGCAUAAACUAAGCAACAAUGAAGGCAUCCCAUCUCCUACAAAUGUAAAGGAUAAGAAACUAAAGAGUUACAGAGGACUGUUUAGCGAGAGGUAUCAUUGGUCUAAAAGCGUAGAAGGGAUUUUGGAGCUUCUGCAACAUUAAACUGGUACUGAUAAAUGGGACUAAGAAAUAUUCUGUCCUUUUUGUUGUUUUCCAGAACUAUUUUUUCUAAAAUAAAAUAAAAUCAAAGUAUAAUGUUGUGCAACAUUUUUUUUUUAUAUAUAUUUUAUACAAUUCUCUUCCUGGUAAAAAAAACAAAAACAAAAACAAACAAAAACGAUUAUAUUUCUUUGUGAAAUGUUGAUUACUGGAAACUAAUGCUAAUCUCAGCGAAUCAUUUGGCAUGCAUGAGUACACUACAGGCUGCAUUUACUCUGUCAUUAGUGAUUUUCACUGAUGUUUUUGCACGCCUGUACACCUCAGCUACAUUUCUUAAUGGUUCUAACUUGUCACAAAGCACAAGGCAACAUAUGACUUGGAGGGACAAUGCACCUACAUGCACACAUAGAACUCCAAGUUAAGCGUGUAAAUCAUAGCCUGUAACUAAAUCAAGACUCUAAACAAGGGUAGAUAAGUGACCCCUUCCCAUUCAGGUUUAACAAACUGGAAUUAAUUAG